UAAAGAUCAUUGACAUUAAUGCAUUUGACAGACACUUUUAUCCAAAGGGAAUUACAUUGCAUUCAAGAUAUUUUGUCAGUUCUUGCUUUCCCUGGAUUUUGAGCAGAUCUGGUUGUGUUUGAGUAUAACGGAGACUGACAUCAAUCUGGAAUGAAGACCACCAUCAUCAUCAUCAUCAUCACUCUCUGUCUGAUCUCAGGUCAGGUACUUUGUUUCAGUGUGUUUGGCUGCACUGGAGGGAGUGUAAUGUUCAAGUGCAUGUACAAGUCUAAUGAUCAGCAUAAAGAAAAGUAUUUCUGCAGAAACACAGACUGUACGACAGGAAUCAGUACUGAGACUCAGCGCCAAUGGGUUUAUAAUGGGAGAUUCAAUCUGUAUGAUGAUGAAAACAGCAGAUUCUUCACAGUGUUUAUCAGGAACCUCAGCAGAGAGGAUGAUGGGGAAUAUACAUGUGGAAACAAGCAGAAAUGGAGUCAUGAUGUUACAUUAGUGGUGAACAACAAGUCAUCUUCUUGUGGGACGUCUGUUAUCCGAUCUGCAUAUAUUGGGCAAACAAUCACUUUUAGUUGUAAAUAUGAUCAUAAGUUUAAAAAAUACACCAAAGUCUUCUACAGACUGAACGUUGGUCCUGUCCAUGUGCUGAACAGCUCACAAUCAUCACAAUCAUCUGAGGAGAAGUUCAUCCUGUCUGACAGUCAGAAAGAUCAUUUUAAUGUGACCAUCAGAGACAUUUCUACAGCAGACAGUGGAGUUUAUUUAUGUGGAGUGGAGAGACACGAAUCAGAUGAUCAACCUUCAGAAACAUCAAUUACUCACAUCACCUUCAUUAAAGAGAUUCAUCUGAAUGUUUCGAGUCAAAUAAGUUCAGUUCAGGUUGAGGCCUACAUCAGUAAAUCAGUCUUCAUCAAGUGUAAAUUUCCACAAAAAUUCAAAGGAAACAAGAAAUUCAUCCAGAAAGAUUCAUCACUGAAGAUCCCUGUUGAUGAACAGAAUCAAUGGGUCCAUCAUGAUAAACUGCACAUGUAUGAUGAUACCAGUGGAGGAGUUUUGAAGGUUUUUAUCAGUGAUUUAACUGCAGCUGAUGAAGUGACGUACAGGUGUGGAGUGAAUAUCAAUAAUGAUGAAGAUCUGUUCACUGAGAUCAAACUGACAGUCAAUCAAGAUCAUCAGUUUAAUACAUCAAGCAAAUCAGCUGCUGUUAUUGGUGAAAGUGUGAAACUCACCUGUAAUUACCCUGAGAAACACAACGAGACCAUCAAACACAUCUGCAAAGAGAACAACGAGAUGAUCUGUCGAAACAUUCGUUCAUCAGAGAAGAAGCGCUUUGAGUUUUCUGACAGUACAGCAGGAGUUUUUACAGUGAUCAUCAGUAAUGUGAGCUGGAGAGAUGCUGGAGUUUACUGGUGUGGAGCAGAAACCAAACACAAACAUGUGACUUCUGUUUCUCUCACCAAUAAACAUGAACUAACAUUAACCAUGCCUCCAGUGGUCGGACGUGAAGGAGAUUCAGCUGAGAUCAAAUGCCCUUAUGAUGAAAAACAUUCAACAGAAAAAACUUGUCUGCGCAGUGGAAAGUGUUUCCCUAAAGAUGCUCAAAAUAUCAUUCAAUCAGAUGAAAAUCAUGUUAAAAACCCAAAAAUUUCAGUAAAGGAAGACACUGAACUCAAUCUCUUCACUGUGACCAUGACUGAUCUGAGAGCAGAGGAUGCUGGGAAAUACUGGUGUGCAGUGAAAGACGUGUUUAAUCUUCCCAUUGAGCUCAUGAUCAUCAUGAAGGACGUGAUCACUCAUGAGGCGUCUGUCGGAGGAUCAGCGUCCAUCAGCUGUAAAUACAUCAGGAAUCAAAAUCAGGGUUUUUUCUGUAGAGGAGAUCAGAUCAAUAUCUGCGUCAGAGACGGAGUUCGUGUUUCAUCAAAUAACAGGAUAAACGGCAGAUUCUCUCUGACUGAUGAAACCUCUGCUGGAGUCUUUACUGUGAACAUCAGCAAUCUGACAGCAGAGGAUUCUGGGAAAUACUGGUGUGCAGAGGAGAAUUCUGGGUCCUUCAUACUCACUGAAGUUCAGCUACAUGUGAAAGGAGAAAUGACGACAUCUGACACCAAAAGUAAAACGUCUCAGGACAAAGAAAAGUCUGAAAUGACCUCAUCUGACCCCAAAAAGAAAACUAAAAAGCCUGAAAUGACAACAUUUGACACCAAAACAGAAACAUCUCAGGAUAAAGAAAAGCCUGGUUUUUCUGUGAUAGUUCCUGUUUCUGUGGGUUUGAUCCUCCUGGCUCUGGUUAUAGUGUUAAUCUUAUUCAAACUCAAACACAAACAUGGCAUUGUUUCAUCAACGGACAAAAGACAGAGAGGAGAUCACGAAACUGUUCAAGAACAGAUUCAAGACACCAGACGUCAUUCAGACACAGAUCCUGAAUCAACUCAUCUCUAUUCGACAGUACAGUUACCCACAAACCCCUCUGAUUCACAGAAUACACUUUAUUCAUCAGUUCAGUUACCCACAAACCCCUCUGAUGGGCUCCUGUACUCUUCCAUCAGUUUCCAGAAGAAUGAAGGUUCUCUCAGCGACGCUACAGUCAAAUUCAGUAAAGAGGAGAAUUGCUGUGAAUAUGCAUCUGUCAAUCACAGCAUCACAACAAAAUAAUAUUAGCACUAGAUUUGUGUGUUAUACACAACUAGAAUUGUGUCGGUUGCUGAGAACGACUGAGCCACUGGAAUCAUCAUUCAGUUUCACUGAACAAGUUCUUGUGUAGUUGGAGACAACGACAGGUCACUGUGAAAGAAGCUGAAAUGAUUCUCUGUGACUGAAGAAAACAUUGACUUCUGUUUGAAAUGAUGUGAAAUGUUUUAACAAGAAAAUUCCCUGUCAUCUUUGUAAGCAUCCAUUUGCCAGAAGAGAAGUGUUGUGUUAUGAGCAAUAGAAUGAUCUGUGAUGAGCGCAGGUGUGUAAAAAUUAUUUGUAUUGAUACUCAGUGUCGUCAGCACCGAUAGCCUUGUGGGCAGUGCACCGACAUACAGCGCUGUUGAGUUACAGGCGUCCUGAGUUUGAAUCCCGGCUCGAGUACCUUUCCUUAUCACUCCCCUUCUCUUUCUCCUACUUUGCUUCCUAUUAACUGAGCUGUCCUUUCUUAAUAAAAGCAAAAAGUCAAAAACAGAAAAACUGUACUCAGUGUCAAACAUGUCAGUUUGUUUUUAAAUGUGAUUUAUGUAUCAUGCAAAUAAUGACUGCUAGGUUUUAAAUAUAUUUUAAAUUAUAUUUUAUUAUAAAAUCAACUUAAGUAGCUAUAAUGGAUAUUAAAAAAAAUAAUAAUAAUAAUAAUUACACUACUUUUAAAUGAGAAAAAGUAAUUAAUUACGUUCUAACUUGGGUUUAUAAUAUGUUUGUAUAUUUCU